AUGAAUUUCGUGAACGAUCCUUGGCACAUCGAUCCGUCUGACUUACUGAUCAACGACGAUGGUGGUGCAAUGUACGACAGCUUGUACGAUGCGAAUGAAUUCGAUAAGCUGCUGAACAUGAAUUACAACGAUGUCGACAAUAUGCUGACUCAAGAAUUGAAAGACUUGGAUAUUCCAUUGAUUCCUCAGACUACGGCUAGUGAAAACACCGAUGAACAACAAAGCUUGGACGGGCCGAAAUUCGAGCUAAGUCGACUGCAGAUGGAUCAUGCGUAUGAUUCUACAAAGUUUGCUUCUAGCGCUGGCGGUGGAAAUGCAGGUCAUAAGCGAGGUCCCAGCGGGACAGCAAUCUUUGGGUUUCUCAACCAUAACAGAACUUUGAGCAUCAGCAAUUUGCAGAAGAGCAUUAAUGAGGACGUUUCGAGGGUACAGAGCUCCUUUGGGAGCGACGACGUAACAGAGGAUAAAGACACAAACGUUGGACAGGUCUUGCUGAAACAGCAGGAGCAGUUACGAAUAGCUCUGCAGAGACAGCAGGAGGUCAAUAGGAGGCUGGAGGAACAACUGAGGGAAAACAGGCUGCAACAACAAGUGCUGCAAAGAGUCCUCGACGAGCAACAAGUGGUAUCUCAUCAAUUGGCAAAAGAGACAACUCCUAGAUCGAGUGGAACUAGAACUCAUAAGCCUGCUAAUAGCCUGAUCAUCACGUCAAACAGCGAAAACGGUGGGUUCCAAUUCCCACCGCCAAAUAUGAUCUCACCCCCCAACUCUAACGCCUCACUGAAUGGUUCGCCCUCGAGGAAACCGUGCCAAAAUAGGCUUAAGAGGGGAUUUAACGCCACCAGGGUGUCACCUCCAACUUCUGAUUUAGCAACAUUUCAGACGCAGCUGGACUAUGGAACAGGCUUUCAAGUCCGCAGCAGCGGAGACCGAAACGGCCAGAAAGAGGUUACAAAUGGCGAGAAUGGCCUGAAAGGCAUUGAAGAUAUUUACAAAAAUCCUUUCUGCUCUAAAGACCAGCUAACAAGUUCGUUGCACAGGAAGAAAGAGUCAAACGUAUCGACGGUCUCCACGAUUCCCCAGCAUACAGACGACGGUAGCGACAGCGAAUCAGGAGCCCUGCUCGGACUAGGUAUACGAAUGAGCGCGAAGUCUUCAAGUAAUGGACGCAGUUAUUCCCUAAGGCCUCCUCCAGUAAAUGUCUUACCAGUCAUACCGGGUUCAUCCGAUAACACACCUGUCGGCAAACAGGCGCAACUCCCACAGAAGCACACUUUCCAGCAUACUCCGAUAAAAACGCAGAACCAGCGACCUCAGUACCAAACACACAGCCAAUCAGUCUCCGACAAACUGUUCAGCGACGACGCUGGCACUCCACAAUUACGACCACCUUCGGUUCCGACAACCGCAAGCCGCCGGAGCAGCAAUUACAGUUCGGACUACCCAGAGAACGGCGAGAACGAAAUAGACAUAGACUCUCAACAACUAGCGGUAGAAGAACCAGAGAGCAGAUUCGUAGUCGCGCAGACGCCCUCACCGGUACUGAAAUCCCAAGCCAGAUUCGAAGGUUCGCCUCACCAGUUCGAUCUUGACUCCAACAAUAGCGCCAGCCCACUGAAGAUUACUCGUAAGCCCACAACGCUGCCCCGCGGAUCUAUCGACCGGUACGUGAAGGAGCUGCCAGAUCGCCUGUUCCAAUGUAUGUAUCCGAACUGCAACAAGAUCUUCAAGAGGCGAUACAACAUCCGCUCACACAUCCAAACCCAUCUAGAAGACAGACCCUACGUCUGCGACUUCGAGGGCUGCGACAAAGCCUUCGUCAGGAACCACGACCUCGUAAGACACAAGAAAUCGCACGCUGAAAAGAGCUACGCAUGUCCCUGCGGCAAAAAAUUCAACCGUGAGGAUGCCCUCAUCGUCCACCGAAGUCGGAUGAUCUGCAGUGGUGGAAAGAAGUACGAAAACGUUGUAAUAAAGAAAUCUCCACGCAGACGUGGAAGACCUAAAAAGGACGGCUCCUCCAGCGUGAACAGCAGUCCCGUCAAAGAUUCUCUCGCGCGAGAUCAGGAUGGAUACCUGGUUUUCAAGAUGGAGGAGCAAUUACGAAACGAGAUGGAGAAAUACGGCCUUUUCAAGCCUCCAUCACCAGUAAAAUCCUCCGCGAUCUUAUCGCCAGUGCCAUUGACAAGAUCUGGAGAUCUAAAAACUCCCUGCGAUUCCUAA